AUGGAACAAGCUGUACUAGAUGGACUGCAGAAUCUGCAGCUCACCAAGGAAGAAGAGGAAUGUAUCCAGAUCACGAACCAAAGCCGUGCUGAGCUUCUAGAGGAAUGCUAUCUAAGCCUUUUUGGGAAGCUUCAGUCAAGCAGGCAACAGAAUCAACGAGCUCUGAAAGGCACUUUGAGAGCUGUUUGGAAAAUGGGAUCUGACUUGAGGAUAUUGGAGGUAGGCAAUGGUAUAUUACAAUUUAAAUUUGGGUCGAGAUACCAAAUGGAAUGGGUAGAGAAAAAUGGCCCCUGGAAUUUUGACAAUAAUUUGCUGCUAUUGUGUCGAUGGAGAAAAGGCCUCUCAGCGGCGAACAUUACCUUCACACACUCGCCGUUUUGGGUUCAGGUGUGGGGGCUGCCGUUUGAGUUUAUGUCUGAAGAAUCCGGGAAAGACAUCGAAAAUAGUAUCGGUAUUUAUGUUGAAACAGAUAAGAGGUCAGGGCAAACAGAUCAGGCGAAGUUUAUGCGAAUCCGAGUUGAGUUGCAAAUCGACAAACCACUCCGGAGGGGGGGGGGGGUACAUUAA